AUGGUAUAUCAAAAUGACAUUAACAUAACAUGUUUCGUAAUUUAAUUUACAAUAAAUACUGAACAUCAAGUUGAUUUAUUUUUUUUCUUGUAUGUUAUCCACAACUUUCACGUAAUUUUCGCUAAUAACAAUUGACAAUCGAUAUAACAAUAAUGUCAUUAAUAAUAUUAAUUACAGAAACUUGCAGUUGCAUCUAACAAACAUGAACACUUUCAAAGCACGCAAGACGGAUUUGCUAUUGUACAUUAUGCCGGUGUUGUUUCUUAUUCGGUUGAUGGAUUUUGUGAUAAAAAUCGCGAUGUGCUUUUCUUAGACCUCGUGGAACUGAUGCAAACGAGCACUAAUUCUUUGAUCCAGAAACUUUAUCCACCAGAAUUUCAAGCAAAUAAAACAAAAACACUUAGAUCCAGACCUACUACUGCUGGUAACAAGAUCAGAAAUCAAGCAAGUCAAUUGAUGAAUCAAUUGAUGAAAUGUACACCACAUUAUAUUAGAUGCAUCAAACCUAAUGAGACAAAAAAACCACGUGACUGGGAUUCAGUUAGAGUAAAACAUCAAGUAGAAUAUUUAGGAUUAAAAGAAAAUAUUAGAAUACGUAGGGCUGGCUUUGCGUAUAGAAGGCCAUUCGCCAAAUUUUUACAAAGAUACAGAAUUCUCACAAAAGAGACUUGGCCACGUUGGACCGGUAACGAAAAACAAGGAAUCGAGUGGAUAUUAGGAAGUCUUAAUAUUGAUCGAUCAAAGUAUCAGCUUGGAAAAACAAAAUUAUUUAUAAAAGCUCCCGAAAGUAUUUUUAAAUUUUUUGAUGAUAAUAAUCGACAAAAUUUAUCUACGUGCAAAAUUAUGGUUGUUUACAAAACAUAUGGAAACAUUUCGUAUAAAUCUCCAAUAUAA